ACUACCUCUAUCCUCGAACAUGUUCUCGACCAUUACGGCGGCGCCGGCCAAGCAGUCGGUGAGCGAAACCAUUGCUGUCCUCAGCGGUCGUCUCAACACCGCGACCCUCCUCGAAGACCGCCGCGCCGCCAUCCUCGGUCUGCGCAGCUUCUCCAAGCAGUACCCGGCCUCAGUAGCCUCUGGCGCUCUACGAAGUCUCAUUGGGAGUCUGAGCAGGGAUGGCGAGGAUGUCGACACGGUCAAGGUCGUCCUCGAGACACUGCUGAUGCUCUUCAGCCCCAACGAAGACAGCCCCGAAGCUUCAGAGGAGAUUGCGCUCUGGCUCGCCGACGAGUUCACCCAGCGCCAGGAGAACAUCACGCUGCUGCUCGACCUGCUCGACACGACCGACUUUUACUCGCGCCUUUACUCGCUCCAGCUACUCUCCCACAUACACUUUGCCCGGACAGAGAGAACCGAAGAAUGCGUCCUCGUUGCGCCCCUGGGCAUCCCUAGGCUGGUUGCCGUGCUCGACGACAGGCGAGAAGCCGUCCGGGAUGCGGCCAUCAGUCUGCUGAUCGACCUCACCGCCGAAUCCGUGGAUAUCCAGAAGCUGGUGGCCUUCGAGAAGGGUUUCGAGCGCAUAUUCGAGAUUAUCACCAAUGAAGGAGGUCUCGUCGAGGGCGCAAGGGUGGUGGAGGAUUGCUUGAUCUUGUUGGCGAACCUGCUUCGUCUCAACGCGUCCAAUCAGUCCAAUGUCAGGGAAAUGGGAUUCAUCGCACGGCUUGCGCACCUAUUAAGAAGUGCCUACAAGGGCAGCACAGACGGGGAGGAAGUUGCGCAGUGGGCUGAGGAACAACGCAACAGGAACAUCUAUGCUUUGCUUGCGCUGAUACGUCUAUUUUUGGUCCCUGGCGCGGCCGGAACCCCUGCCAACCAGAUCGCAUUUUUGAACGAUCGUGUGCUGGAAAAUACUCUCCAGCUGGGAUUCACUUAUGGCGUUGACCUUCCCAUAAGGGCGGAAGCGCUCGCGGCUUGUGCAGACAUGAUACGUGGUAAUGCAAGGCUACAGGAGAGGUUCGCCGGACAGGAGGUUCCCUCUCCGCUUGCCAACCCAGCAAUGAACGGCCAAGGUCCUCACUCCAACGGGGUGCCAAAGGUUUACGUUAUUGACGGUCUACUUGACCUUAUCUUGGCCGUCAACUCGCUAAUGGAGUUUGACUUGCGCAUGGCAGCUUGCAACUGUCUCAAGGCCUACUUCAACAACCAUGAAGAGAUUCGCAAGCAUUUCCUCACUAGAGCUAUCCAAGGCCACAAGAUGCAGGCCGAUGAGCUUACCAACAUCUUCACAACGUUGCUUCAGCCUGUACCAGAACAGGUCACGGCAGAUCCGUAUAGGUACUGGUUCGCCGCUGUGCUCAUGCUUCAUCUGGUCCAUGAAAAUCCCACAACUAAGCACCUGGCCAUGGAGGUCACCGAGGGAGAUGAGGCCAGUGGCGAAGAAGUGGUUACAAGUAUCCAAACCGUUGCGUCGCAUCUUCUCAGAAGCGUGGCUAGGAACGAUGACCCUCGCGUCAUCAUUGGUUAUCUAAUGCUUCUCCUAUGCUGGCUAUUCGAGGACCUGGACGCGGUUAACGAUUUCCUAGGGGAGUUCACCAACCUCCAGGGGCUCAUCCAAGCGGCGGUGGAGAACCCCAACGGCGACAUCAUCGUGCAGGGCCUCAGCGCCAUGCUAAUUGGUGUCGUGUAUGAGUUUUCAACCAAAGACUCUCCCGUCCCACGCGCCAAGGUGCGCGAGAUGGUCAUGUCUCGCAUGGGCCGCGAUCGCUACGUGGACAAGCUAACCAGACUACGCUCCUACCCCUUGAUGAGGGACUAUGAGAUUCUACCCCAAAAACUCGACCUCAGUCUCGACCAGAAGCUCCCCGACGUGUACCUAGACGACACCUUUGUCGAAUUCUUCAAGGACAACUACAGCCGUAUCAUUCGGGCCAUCGACCGCGACCCCGGGCUCGAGAUCUCCGUCAUCACCAACGGUGUACAAAAGGGCAUCUCACGCGAGCUCGUCGACUCCCUGCGCGCCCAGCUUGAGGAGAAGGACCGAGCACUCGAGGACUUCGCCGCUGAGAAAGCCAGUCUGACCUCGCAGCUGGGGCAGGAACAAGCAGACCACCGACGCACCAAGGAACAAUCCGCGUCCGACGUGCACCGCGCCAACGAAGCCGUCGAGCACAUGCGCGUGCAGCUGGGCGCCAAAGACCACGCGAUCCAGAACAUCGAAGCGCUCGUCGCGACACUCAAGCAGAACCUGGCCAAAGAGCAAGCCGAGCAUCAGCGCUCGCGAGCAGAAGCAGCCAGACUCAAGACCGUCAACGACGGUCUCCAGCGUGCUCACGAGCAAGAGUUGAACAAACUCGCCAAGGAGUCCCGCACCAAGGAAUCCCAACUCCAACAUCAAAUCGAAACCGCCCGCCGCGAAGCCAAGAAUAAGGAAGAUGAGCUGACCAAGCAGGUUGAAACUGUCCGGAGAGAGCAAGCCGCCCAGCUUGAGUCUCUGCAGCGCGAGCACAGCCAGCAAAUCGAAACCGCCCGCAAAACAGCCGAGCAAGAAACUGAGCGUGCGGCGCGCCGGUUCGAGGCCGACAAAGCCGAUUUGAAGGCAACGAUAAGUCGGAUGGAGGUUGAUUUGAUGAAAGCGAACAAGGCCCGGACCGACGGCGAGAACAAGCUCAAGGACUUGGAGACCCGUCUGACCAAGACCGAUGAAGCUUUGAGCGCCGCGGAGAGGAAGCUCGCUGAGGCGGAGAAGACGGUUAAGAGCACUGGUGAAAGGGUAGAGGAGCUUGAACAGAGGCUGAAGGGGGUAAUAGAGGAGAGGGAGGAGGUGGAACGACUAUUGAAGGAGAAGGAGGAUGCGGUUGCGGAGGUGGAGAAGACCUUGAAAGAUAAGGAGGGGGAGAUGGCGAGCAUGAGGGAGAGGUUGGAGGGGAUGGAGAAAGAAAAAGAGGAGGCGAUUCAGAAGGCAGUGGAGGAAAUUAGGAAGGAAGUUGAAACUACCAAGAACAACGACAAGGCUGAGGCUGAUGCAACUACCGGUGCCGAAAAAGCGGCUGCUAUCGAGGCCGAAGCGGCGGCGAAGGCGGCAGCAGCAGCCAGCGAAAUCGAAACCCGUCUCCAGAAAGAAAAGGAAGACGAGUUGGCCCAGAUGCGGAAGCAACUCGAGAAAGAGAGGGAAGAAGCCGUUGCAAAGGCCGUAGCCGAGGCGGUGGCCAAGGCAGUCGAGGAGGCCAAGAAGGAGGCCACCAACCAAGUGAAGGAGGUAAAAGAGAAGCUGGAUGAAGAAAUCAAGAACGCACAGAGCGAGAGGGACGAUUUGCUGUUGCUGUUUGAUGAUUUGGAGGAAAAGAGGCAGAAAUAUAAGGAACAACUCAAGAAGCUUGGUGGUGAGGUUUCAGAAGACGAAGAGGAGGAGGAGGAUGAGGAUGGUGCUGAAGAUGAAGAUUGAAGAUGGGGAGGGGGUUAAUGAAUAGUACGAACAGGCUAGAAAAAAGCUGGUUCCCGGUAUAUAUAAUGCUUGCUAUCAAGGUCAUAGACAAGCUGGGCUUGCUUAGGGGCACCAGCAUCAUGACACAUGGACUUAUAAAAUGCACGGCAAUUAUUUGUAAUACGUGUCCCAUUCGUCGUCGUAGGUUCGAUAGCAAGUCCUGUCCCAGAUAAACCUCCCCUUACCAAUUCCCUGCAAAAACGCCAAACCAAAUCCUAUUCAUCAAGACGUCAUCAAGAAAGGAAAAUAAGCCACUGCAAAGUAUAAAGAGAAUGCAGUGUCUCCUAAGGCAGCCCAUGACCGCCUAAAGCCGUACUGCUCAAAGCUCUUGCACUCGACUUUGAUACUCGAGUAGGCGAGCAAGCGAGUUUAGAAAUCAUCACCACCACCAAAGUCCAUAUCACCAUCCUGACC